AGAGCCUCUAGAAAAAAAAGUUGAAGAAAAAAAAUACUUUGUAUCAGUAUCACGCUUGGAUGAGUGUUUCUGGCUGUAGUAAACUAAGCUUUUGUUGUUUUUUUUUUUUUUUUUAAACUCUUAUUUCCAAAAAUGGAUUUUCGAUUUAAUUUUGUUAUUGAUGGAAAUAAAAACAAUGAACCUGACACUCAGGAUAAGAUGGACUUAAAGUUGUGCUCACCAAAACACAAGCAGGAAUCCACAAAAAAGAGCAAGAGGGCUACUGAGACUGUAGCAGAUUCCAGCCCUAGGCUGGGUACUGAUAAGCACCAAGAUGAGACACCAAAGUUCUGCUUUAAAGCUGCCAAGGAGCACAAGAUUCCUGAAGAUCUUGAGAAUGUAUUGGAAAAUAAAGUCAUGAAAACAGCAUCAGACCUGUAUUACACAAGUACAGCUGCAGUGGAAAUGAGGUGUUUGGAUGGUGCCAAUGAAGAAGGGGUCAUCUCUAAAGGUGUUUCUUCUCACUCUGAUCUCAUCCCUGGAGUCUACGAGGGAGGACUGAAAAUCUGGGAAUGCACCUUUGAUCUCAUCGAUUACUUCUCUGAGGCCAAAAUAUAGUUUACCAAUAAGGCUGUAUUGGAUCUUGGCUGUGUGGCUGGACUGCUGGGAAUAGUUGCCUUAAAGGGUAAAGCUGAAAAAGUCCAUUUUCAGGACUACAACAGCACAGUGAUUGAUGAAAUAACCUUGCCCAAUGCAGUGGCUAACUGUAUAAAUGCACUCAGUGGAGUCAACAGAAAAAUUAGCAAACCUCCUUCAAAGAGGCCCAAAAAAGCAGAAUGACUCUUACCUGCUGCACUCAACAAAUGCAGGUUUUUUCUUGGGAAGUGGUCUGAAGUCAGCAAGCUCCUGUUAAGCAGCAAACCUGUUUCAAAGUAUGAUAUAAUCAUCACAUCUGAGACUAUCUAUAAUCCCAACUACUACAGUGCUUUGCAUGAUACGCUGGCUCAGCUCUUGGAUAAAAAUGGCCGUGUGUAUUUGGCAGGCAAAGUACUUUAUUUUGGGGUUGGUGGUGGCAUCUACGUCUUUGAGAAAUUCAUUGAAGAGAGAAAUGUGUUUAGGAGCAGCAUAGUUAAAAUAAUUGAUAAAGGACUGCAGCGAUGUAUUAUGGAAAUGGCCUUUAAAGAUUCCAGUUAAAAUUCAACCACUGGUCCUUCAAAAAAUGUCUUAAAGACAAAAUGUUUUAGUUGUCAUAGCUCUUUGCUUUUUCCCUCCGUUAUUAUUCUGGUUUGACAAAUUAAGGAUGCUCGUUAUUGAAAUGUUUGACAAAUUCUGAUAUUUGACUAGAAGUUAAGGACUCUCUGGUUUGGCAUUAAAAAAAAUUGA